AUGCUGAAGUUAUCGAUCAUCUCCCUGACUGUGCUACUGUUCUUCCAGUCCAGAACGACACACGCAACAGGCACGGUUCAGACAGCGAUGACUCCAUCCUCGACGGCUCCUCACGCUACGCAUACCGUCAAAGUAGGCCCAAAGGAAAACCCUCAUCAAUACUCGCCGUACAACAUCACCGCCGCCGUUGGCGAUGUCAUCGUCUUCGAGUUCUACCCGCGCAACCACUCCGUCGUCAAGGCGGACUUUAUGGCACCGUGUGUGCCUGCUGCUGGGGAGAUCUUCUAUUCCGGACAAUUUAAUACCUUCAAGGAAAAUAGCCAUGGGCAGCUGGAAGGAGAGCCCACAUUCUUCUACUGCACGGCCGUCGACUCCUGUCUCGUCAAUGGAAUGAUCGGCGUAAUCAACCCAAACGAAACAAUGACCUGGGAAGCACAAUACGCCCAAGCAAGGCGAUACCCUUACAUGCUUGUCCCGGGACAGUUACCUCCCGCCGAAGGAACAGGCUACUCGUCCUCGGCUACCACCACCCACAAGAAGAGCUCUUUCGGCGGUGGCGCCAUAGCCGGUACUGUGAUCGGCGGGGUUGCCUUUAUUGGCAUUCUCCUCGUUGUUGUGAUCACGCUGUGUCGGAAUAGGUAUAAACAGGGAUCAUCCUCGCAGGUCGGACGGAUGGAGCGGACGGCUCACUGGGCUCUCUUUGGUGGUCAUGGUGAGGGAAAGAGUGAACAGGGAUUCACUGCAUCGUCUUCAGUCGGAGGUCAUGGUACAUUGUCGUUGAGCUCGGGCGCCUCUCCGCCUGCUGUCUCGCCUCCUCUGCAAAAUGUUGGAUAUUGGAACUGGGAGCCUGCAACGAAGCAGCCACCGCCGCCGGAAGAGAUCCGUCAACCGAGUGAGUUGGAGGCUAGGAGUGUUGUCGGUGGGACGCCAGGAGGGAUGUACUACGGAUGGAGGUGA